AUGGGCAGAGACGACUACGGUGGUAAGAUUACCUCUGCAAGAAUCGCAAGCUUUGAGAGCAAGAACAACAGCUCUGACAGUGGUGCUGUAACAGGAAGCAAUGUCGAGAUGGCCUCGCUCGCCCAGAACGCCUCGUCCUUCGGCCAGGGCGACCCGAAUGCUAUUCUGAACGAGUGCCGCAGCAUCGACCAAGGAAUUGACCAGAUCGAACAGAACCUGAACCAGCUACGCAUGCUGCAGGACCGAUCUCUCAACGAUGCAGACACAUCCGGCGGCUCGUCGACCUCUCGACAGCUUGACGCCCUCUCCAGCGACACCAUGUCCCUGUACCGAGAACUCACCGAGCGCGUCCGCCAGGUCAAGUCUUCUCCAGACGCCAGACAGCCCAAGAACUCUCCCCAGGUGGGACGCAUCGACCGUCGCCUGAAGCAGGCCAUCCAGCAGUUCCAGCAGGUCGAGUCGGCGUUCCGUAAGAGGACGCAGGACCAGAUGGCUCGCCAGUACAAAAUUGUGCGUCCAGACGCCCCCGAGUCCGAGGUUCGUGCGGCCGUCGAGGACGUUUCUGGGCAGGGCAACCAGGUCUUCCAACAGGCCAUGAUGCAGAGCAGCCGGCAGGGCCAGGCAAGAGCAGUCCUGAAUGCCGUUCAAGACCGCCAUGCCGCCCUCCAGCGUAUCGAGCAGCAGAUGAUCGAGCUUGCUCAGCUCUUCCAGGACAUGGACACUCUCAUUGUGCAGCAGGAGGUGGCAGUCACUCAGAUUGAACAGAAGGGCGAGGAGGUUGUCGAGAACCUCGAUAAGGGUAACGAGGAGAUUGCCGUAGCUGUGACUACCGCGAGGAAGACACGAAAGAAGAAGUGGAUCUGCCUGGGUAUUGUUGUCGCCAUUAUUGUGAUCGUGGUCGUGGUCGUUGUGGCUUAUGUCAUGAUCAACAAGCCCAAGGACAACAAUAACAACAACUCCAAGCGAGCGAUCCAGUUUGCCGGCGAAAUCCCCGUCUCCAACAUCUACGCUCAAUUGAAGAUUCCCAAAGCACCUUCAAAUGGCGAAACAGCGGGACCAUUAACUCGAUUCGCCGGGGCAGGCAAGAGCCUAGCGGGCAGAUUUGUUAUUCCCAAUGCAGACUUCGACCCUUCAGAGACGGCCACACUUCCAGUGAUCCCAGCCAAAGGCUGGACUGGACCCAGUCGUCACUAG